CGCGGCGCUGGCUCCUCCCGGCCGCGGAGGCGGGCACGGAGGCGGGGGCUGCGGGGGACCGGGCCCCGGGGCGUCUGCCCCGCGCCGUCGCGGCGGUGUUGGCGGCGGUCGUCGGGCGCGCGGGUGUAGAGCCACAGCACCGCAAGCAUGUCGAUCGGAGUGCCUAUUAAAGUCCUGCAUGAGGCCGAAGGCCAUAUCGUGACAUGUGAAACCAAUACAGGAGAAGUUUACCGAGGCAAACUUAUUGAAGCUGAAGACAACAUGAAUUGUCAGAUGUCCAACAUAACGGUGACGUACAGAGACGGACGAGUGGCACAGCUGGAACAGGUCUACAUCAGAGGCAGCAAGAUACGGUUUCUCAUUUUACCAGAUAUGUUGAAGAACGCUCCUAUGCUAAAGAGCAUGAAGAAUAAAAACCAGGGCUCUGGAGCUGGGCGAGGAAAAGCAGCUAUUCUCAAAGCUCAAGUGGCUGCCAGAGGAAGAGGCCGUGGGAUGGGCCGUGGCAACAUCUUCCAGAAGCGAAGAUAAUUUUGGUCUUGAGCGACACUUUUUUUCCACUGGGGGUAUUAACUUGGUUACGCAUGUAUUGGUGUCAGUCUUGCUUAAUAAAUGUUUCUGACAAAAACUUGUCUGCUCUUGCAUGACAGGACUCCUCCUGGGCAAAUACAUUGUAGAUCAAUUGCAAAUUUGAAAAGGCUUUGGAAAAUAGUGGACUCGAUUUUUACACUUGACUAUCUUGUGUGAUGCAUUGACUUUUAAAGAUCACAUUUCCUGUUUCUUGUGUAGUGCUGUUGUCAUCCGUUCUCUCAAGAAUGGGAAUGUACUUUUCAUGAAGAAUUUUUAAACAGUACCUUUUAAAGUUGUAUUAGCAGCUGCUUUUAUGGGAAACACAGUGAAACAAAGUCAGCUUCCCGAGAAGCAAAGCGCUAUGUUCUUUUGCUUUAUAUGAACCUACAGCAGGUAGAGGUCCGUCCAUCUUCAGAUCUCUACUUUGAGCUUGUAUUCUUGUGUUUCUUAGCUUUCUUUUUGGAUACAGGGAUAAUUUUUUCAUUAGGAACACACAGCUUUGAUAGCCUGAGUCCAGAUUUGGCGUGAAAAUUUUGAGUUCUUAGUAUUUUUUUUUCCCCUCUGCCUGGGAAAAGAAGACAAUAUAAAAUAAGCAUUUUCAAGGAUGAAUUUGACAUGUUUUGUAAACUUGUAAUGCAGGUAUAUAGGAAAAGUCUUAUAAAUGGUUAUCCAUUAAAUACAACUCAAUACAAUUGCUAAUCUGAACAAAAUUUAGGAUCAACCCCAUCUCUUGGUCUUAAUAGUCAUAUAGAUCAUCAGCUGACCUGCAGGAAGCCAAAUGUAGUUGAGUAACUGAAGGGUUUUUUUGCUUAAAGUGUAGCGUGACUGUUCUUACUGACUUA